GUUGUGGUGACCCCCGACCAUAAAAUUAUUUUAUAGCUACUUCAUAACUGUAAUUCUGCUAGUGCAAUGAAUUGUAAUUUAGUAUCUGAUAUGCAGCAUAUCUGAUAUGCAGCUCUUGAGAAAGUUCAUUUGUCACCCCAAAGGGGUCUCUACCUACAGGUUGAGAACCUAUGUUAAGUCUAAGCCUUAGACUAUCUAGCAAGGUCCCCAUCUUUAUAGAGAGACAAGCAAGAAGCUGUGCUAAAAGAGAUGCAGACAUGGUACCCAUGGAGGGGAUAUGAGCAAGUACCUGGUGUGCUUGUUUAUGUUCAGGUAUUUGUAGUAGGAGAUGAAAUAAUAUUGAUUAUCUUAAGUACAUGCUUUUGGAAGUGGUUAUUUUGAAUUAUCAUCCACUUGUGAACUCUGGUUAGUGUGUAGGUCUAAUGGGAAGUUCUGGAAGCUCUGAUAAAGUGCCUGAUAGAUACGAUCUAGGUGUCCAGCAAACACCUCUCUGCUUGAGUGCAUUUGGUACCCUUCCCUCUGUUGUAAACAAAUUGACCAGAAAUUUCCAAAAGUACAGUGAUGUAUCUCUUAGGACUACAGACUAAUUUAUUGCUAGAAUGUCAUUAUCAUGACUCUUUGGAAUGUUUUUCCUAUCAGUUUUUAGAUUGACUAAUACCUGUCUGGAGGUCUUAGGGAAUAAAGAUAUAGAGGGUAUAUUUAAAGGAGUCUUGAGUUUCGGGACAAAUCACUAAGAAUGCAGAAUCAGUAUACUCCAGCCUUAGACAGGACUUUAGGCCUGGAAAGGAGUUGUGUUAAUAACCAAGGUCAUACAUAUAAAGACGUGAGCAGGCAGAAUCAAAGCUGUAAUGGAGAAGUAGAAGCCCCGUAGAACUUGGGUUGGUAUGUCAUUGCUUGAUAUUUAAAAAUCCAGCUUAGAUACCAAGUUUAAAUGACUAUUUUAGGUAUUUGAGUUUAUGUAGUGAGAUGAACUAGUGGUGCAUCCAGAGCCUAACUGAAAACUGUUGUUAUAAAGGAGGUGACGUCUCAGGGCUGGAUGCUUCCUUCAGUUAAGUAUUGCACUCAGCAUGAUGAUGCUCUGGGCUCAACUGCCAGGAAGAGAUUGAUUUUUUUUUUUCUGUUAUUUCUAGGUUAAGGUAACAAACGAGGACAUCGUGUUUUGAAAUAUGAUUAACCUCCUGAUGCAGCUUCAAAGGCUAACAACAUUAAUGGCCAGAUCUAGUGCUCACAUGGUCUUCUGAAGAAGCCAUGGGUAGCUGUUGUAGCUGUCCAGAGAAAGACACUGUCCCAGAUAACCAUCGGAACAAGUUUAAGGUCAUUAACGUGGAUGACGAUGGGAAUGAGCUAGGCUCUGGUGUAAUGGAGCUCACAGACACGGAGCUGAUUCUGUAUACCCGGAAACGCGACUCGGUGAAGUGGCACUACCUCUGCCUACGACGAUAUGGCUAUGACUCAAAUCUAUUUUCUUUUGAAAGUGGUCGAAGGUGUCAAACUGGACAAGGAAUUUUUGCUUUUAAAUGUGCCCGUGCAGAAGAAUUAUUUAACAUGUUGCAAGAGAUUAUGCAAAAUAAUAGUAUAAAUGUGGUGGAAGAACCCGUUGUAGAAAGGAAUAGUCAUCAGACAGAAUUGGAAGUCCCUAGAACACCUCGAACACCUACAACUCCAGGGCUUGGUGCUCAGAACCUACCUAAUGGGUAUCCUCGCUACCCCUCGUUCGGAGACGCUUCAUCCCACCCCUCAAGCCGGCAUCCUUCUGUGGGAAGUGCCCGCUUACCUUCAGUCGGCGAAGAGUCCACACACCCUUUGCUGGUGGCUGAGGAACAAGUACAUACUUAUGUAAACACUACAGGUGUACAAGAAGAACGGAAAAACCGUGCCAGUGUGCACGUUCCCCCAGAGGCAAGAGUUUCUAAUGCCGAAAGCAACACACCAAAAGAAGAGCCAAGUAAUACUGAAGACAGGGACCCGCAAGUGCUUCUUAAGCCUGAAGGAGUCAAGUUUGUUUUAGGACCAACCCCUGUUCAGAAGCAGUUAAUGGAAAAGGAGAAACUGGAGCAGCUUGGAAAAGACCAAGUCAGUGGGAGUGGUGCGAGUAGCACGGAAUGGGACACUGGCUAUGACAGCGAUGAACGCAGAGAUGUGCCCCCUGUUAACAAACUGGUGUAUGAAAAUAUAAACGGGCUGUCUAUCCCUAGUGCCUCAGGGGUCAGGAGAGGUCGUCUGACAUCUACCAGCACCUCAGACACCCAGAAUAUCAACAACUCAGCACAGAGAAGACCUGCACUAUUAAACUAUGAAAAUUUACCAUCUUUGCCUCCUGUGUGGGAAGCCCGCAAGCUCAGUAGGGAUGAAGACGACAAUUUAGGACCAAAGACCCCAUCUCUAAAUGGCUACCAUAAUAAUCUAGAUCCAAUGCAUAACUAUGUUAAUACAGAGAAUGUAACAGUGCCGGCAAGUGCUCACAAAAUAGACUGUUCAAGGCGUAGGGAUUGCACACCCACAGUCUUUAACUUUGAUAUCAGGCGCCCUAGUUUAGAACACAGGCAACUCAAUUAUAUACAGGUGGACUUGGAAGGGGGCAGUGACUCUGACAACCCUCAGACCCCAAAAACACCGACCACUCCCCUCCCACAGACCCCCACCCGGCGCACAGAGCUGUACGCCGUGAUAGACAUUGAGAGAACUGCUGCUAUGUCCAACUUGCAGAAAGCGCUGCCUCGGGAUGACGGCACGUCCAGGAAGACUAGACACAAUAGUACUGACCUGCCCAUGUGAGCCGGACGCAUUACGUCGGCGUCUGCACCUUCGCGAGCUUUCCACCAGGAAGAGGCAGCGCUUGUUCUCCUUUCUACACUAACUCCUUUUGUAGACUGAUCUGUUUUCCCUGAGUAUUUCCUGUGCAUCUUUAAAGGGAAUUAAUGCAGAGCAGGUACUUCACUAAUUCAUGAUGUUGUGCUCAUCGCUGUACAGCAGCGUCCUCGUUUUCACAGUGCCUAUUUACCAUGAGAAGGGGAGGGAGUGCAUACUGGCUGACGUAGACUCAGUGUUCUGGGUGUGUGCAUCUUUCAUGUCAAAGUUGUGGUUGCAUUCGAACCUUUUGUAAAGUCUCUUGACAGUGCACAUCACUAACAUAAUGCUAGGCCCUGAGAGGAAUCCUGUAGGUCACUGUUCACAGGUUAUGGUCUCCAGCAUGCAAGGUGAGGAUUUAUUUCAUCAGUUAAAGGCUUUUUGACCUGGGCCACACUUGUGUAAAAGAAACAAAGAUAACCACACUUCCUUUUGUACCAGUUAGUUCCUCUGUCUUCAGUGUCACUAGAAAGAACCCAG